GGGCAUUUCUCUACCAGAAAAGAAAGUUGUAGAGUAUAUAUAAAUGGUUUUGACAAAACUUAAAAGAUCAAAAUCUUAGUUGAUAUUAGCACUGACAUUUACAACGUAGACCCUAUGGAGGGCUCAUCUUUAGGAGUUAGAAAAGGUCCAUGGACUGAAGAAGAGGACAUUCUUCUCAGGAAAUGCAUUCAAAAAUAUGGUGAAGGAAACUGGCAUCAAGUUCCUUGUAGAGCAGGCUUGAAUCGAUGCCGGAAAAGCUGUAGACUCAGGUGGUUGAAUUAUCUCAAGCCAAACAUCAAGAGAGGAGAUUUUGCAACUGAUGAAGUUGACCUCAGCAUUCGCCUCCAUCAGCUCCUAGGCAACAGAUGGUCACUAAUUGCUGGUAGGCUCCCUGGGAGAACAGCAAACGAUGUGAAAAACUACUGGAACACCCACUUGCUGAAAAAGUUCAAUCCUUCAAACAAAAACAUGAAACCAAAACCUCAUCAAAAUCCAUCAAAACCCAAUAUUAAUGUUAUCAAGCCUCGGCCUCGGACAUUAUCAAUGAAUAGUUUCCGAUGGACUUUGGAUGAAAAUACCAACAACAACAACAACAUUGCAGCAGCAACUCCAAUUAGCAACAGUACUACUUUGUCAUUAGCUGCAAGCUGCUGCAAUAACAGUAGUUACUGUAUCCCCAGUGAUAAUGACCCCGAAACGAUGUGGUGGGAAAAUUUGCUAAUAAACGACAAUGAGUUCGACGAUCAGCAGCAAUGUUCGUUCAACGAUAGCAAUCUAUGUGGGUUGGCGGACCACCAGGCCGUCAAUGAAGAAAUGGGUGAAGGUAGAAUCAAGGUGAUUGAGAAAAGCAAUGGUGGUUGGGAUGAACCUUUUUGUGAUGUGGAACUCUGGAAUGCGUUCAACCCAGAGCCAGAAAAUUGUAUCUAAAUUAUUGCUCCCUACUAGUAUUUUAUUAUUAUUGCUUGUUCCUUGGUUUUUG